ACAGUGAAGCCCGUCGGGGGUUUCUCUCUUACAUAUAUACUCUCUGUUGUACUAUCAUACUCUUCUCAAUCAAAACUGUACUUUCGAACUAUACUACUCCUGGCUUGAUAUUGCUUUACUUGUGCUCGUUUUGAAACAUACGAAGUUUCCUCAGACCGGUCUAGUUGGUCUCAUCGGCUGCGGGAUGUAGGCGAUGUCGGGGAUUAUCGAGCCACGCGUCUCCACGCGUUGUCCACCGUGAAAGUGCAUUCAAGGUCGCUGUCUAGGGAGCUACUGGCAUCGUCGGCGUAGGCCACGCACGGACGGACCAAAGAGCCCUAGCGAGCUAGCGAGAGUCAUUGUGGUCCGGAGCGAGAACUUGAGCACUCGGCCUGGCCUUCUUCACUUCCGCCCGGUAUAAGUGCAAUGAGCGGAAAACAGCAGUCGUACAGACCAUAUCCGUCCGACUCUCUCGCAUUUCAGGCGGUGCACGACCGCCGCGGCGUGCGGCCAACGACCGGCAACCAUCUGCGUACUAUUAUAAGGUCAUGUCUACUGCGGCUGGACGGGGAGGUCCAGAUGCGUCAUAUCAACAGUAACAGCAACAGGACGAACUAUGCACACCACCGUCUGGCGAUUGCAGCGACACAAACCUUACUGCAACAAUUGCCGCUGCGCGGUCCUGCUGUGGCAGGGGAGAUUAUGUGGAGGGUGGGUGUCGAGCUGUUGCGUGGGUUUGUGCCAUACCGUGCUCGGAUGGAAGAGGACGACGAUGCGGGGCAUAACGGGGUUGUAUUGAGAACAAGGGGAUGGCAAUGUGAGAAGGGCGAUGGAGUUAAACCCUCAGAGGCAACGGCUGGAGAUAAAGUUAGUACGGAAGAGAACGAUGAAACCGAUCAAGAAAACAAUCAAAACGAGGAAGAGGACGAGGAAGCCCGGGUGGAAUCCUUAGCAGGCGCACGACGGCUCCUCCGUUUUGUAGCGCAGAUGAGCGGGAUGGAAGGCAACGUUAGCCCAGAACAUCUUCUCGAACUGACAUUUUACUACAUGCGGUUCGGCAUGUUUGAGGAAGGUUACAACCGCCUCGAAGGUUACCUGUCGACCUACCCUUAUAAUGAGCAUGCUGCACUGGUCGGUUACGCUGGCGUUCUAAGCUUUGUGUUGUGGCGGAGAGAGGCUGCUCGGCUGAGCAAGGAUGCACAGCGCGAUGGUAGUGGAGUUGAUGGUGGCGACGAUGACCAAGCCCUCCCAUGGAGCCAGAGCUACCAAUCUCAGGGCAGUGUAUGGUCAUCGCAAGCGUCGUUUACGGCAACAUCGUCAGCACUCAACCUGGACAUGGCAUCGGAAGGGAAUCUAGCAUCACGGCACUACUCAAAUGCACUCCGACAUCUCGCGGUAUCCUUCACGCUCGACGACCGCAACGAGCUGUUCCUCUUUUACCACCUCAAGUUGCUGCUGGCUGCAGGUGAUGAUGAUAUCGCGAAAGACAAGCUAUUACAGUUUAUCGAAGCUACUCCGCAAAACCUUUGUGGGUACAGGUAUCUGCUGCAUCUCAUGCGCACCCGCAUGGCCGCAACUACGAAGGUGGAGGAGUGGUUGCCCGUUGCGCAAAAGGUGCUCAUGCUGGAUCCUGUAUGUGAAGAAGGUUUUGCGUUGCUUCCCCUGUUGGAGGAGUUGGAAGGUAGAUGGCGCGCUGUAGGGUCUAGUUCUGCGCCCCCUUUUGCGCCUGCUCCUGCGGUAGUUGGUAGUAGAAUUGAGAAGGCCUCGACAGACGAAUCCCCACUGCCAGCGCCCUCGCUCAGUACUCAGACACAGAUCUCCCUCGACAUCAUCGCUUUUAUCGGCGAGCGCCUGGACCACACCACCGCUGUGUCGGCUCACGUUUGGACCCGCUUCGCAACCCACCUGCAUCAUCUUCAUUCUCAUAACGUUACACUCGAAAUGUCUUCGGAAAGCGAACAUUGGGCCAGACGCAAGCACUGGUGGCCCGCAUUUCAUUUCUCUGAACGUGCGCCUCCAUCACCUUCACAACAAGCACCACCAGAAGUGUCACAACAAUCGCUAUCAAAAUCAUCCUCAACAUCACUGGCAUUGUCCUCAUCUACGUUUACUUCGUCGACGUCCUCUGCAUCUGAAUCAUCUCCCUCGCCACCAUCAUCGCCGUCCCAGAAACCUUCCCAAGCUCCCCCAGCACCGUCAUCAGCACCAAACACCCUCUCACCGGCUCUAGAAGAGCUCAUAAUAGCCAAAGCAACCUGCGCAGCCAUUCUCUUUCCAGCGCAGUAUCGUUGCACCGCGUGGAUGCGCCGUUUUGGGCUGCGGCAACGCGAGCAAUUGAGUGACGACAUACGAGCGUGGGUUGAGAGCGUGGGGCUCAAGGUUGAGGCCUUGUUUGACGAGGAGGAGGAGGGAUACCAUCAAAGGGGCGGAGUGGAGGUGGAGGCAAAUGUGGACAACGGUUCCGAUCAAACCGAUCAACGUGGGAGCAGGGAUACCUUUACGGCAGCAGAUUUGGACGAUGUACUCAGGAUGCUUGAGGAGGCACCUGAGGAUGUGGAUGCGGGCGGUUUGACAGCGACUGUAAAUGCGGACGCGGAACCGAUAUUGGCUGUAGCCCAAAAUACUGCUGAGUCCCAGCCCGACAAGGGUACCCAGGGUGAAGUGGUUGAGAGCAUAGGUCGUUUGCAAACUCCGCUCGAGGCUCCGCUGCAGCCGGAUCAGACACAGCAACCGGAGCAGGACCACGCAAGUGAAGACACAACACACGUAGAGGAGGACAUGCUCUAUACGACCAGAGCCUCACCUGUCGGACGGCCCGGCAAACGCAAGCGCUCGAUUGGCGACACCGAUUCGCGCAAUGAUCACCCCGACACCGGCGCAGCGCAGACAGCCAACCUAUCCGCCACCGACGGCCCAUCCUCAGCCUUGUCGCAUGCACCGCAAGUGAAAACACCGACGCGGACCCCGCCCAAGAAGCGAGCGAGGAUCGAUGAUGUGAACAUGCCCGCACAUUCCGUCGCGAUGACUGUGACCACUGCCAAAGUCAUAUCUGUACCCACACCCACUGUGCUAGCGACUCGUCAACCACACACCCCUACCCUUCGGCAGCUACCCAGCUCCCAUGUCGCCGCCGUCACGACAGACACUGGAUCCACACCAUCACCUUACCAACGGCAGUGACAAGCAGCGUUACGCCAACCAAGACCCGCGUAGCCGCAAUGCAAUUGAGGAGUACGGCACAGGCAGGACCUUCCACACCGGCUG